UUCUCUCUCUUCGAACAUCCCCAACCGACGGUAUCGCGGCCAUCGCCGCUUAAAACUGCACUCGUUUGCUCCGAAACGCUCUACAGUGUCCGACCGAGAUCGGAAAUGGCCGUCUCCCUUCUCUCCUCCUCCCCUUCUCUCUUCGUCCCUGCUUCUCCCAAGGUGGGAAGACGGAAUUCUUCGAUUCGAUCGCCGUCCGGUCUGGUCUUCCACCUCCGGAAAUCGAUUCCGAUAGUCAAUGCCGCCGGCGGCAAUGCCUCUUCUUCUCUCGAGUCCGAUUUGAGCACCGAGCUGGACGCCGUGUCGAGCUUCAGCGAGAUCGUUCCGGACACCGUUGUUUUCGAUGAUUUCGAAAGGUUUCCGCCGACGGCCGCUACGGUUAGCUCUUCGUUCCUCUUGGGUCUUUGCAGCCUUCCCGACACCAAGUUCAAGAGCGGCAUAGAGACGGCACUGGCGGAUAGUGAAUGCUACGAGAAAGAGAGUCCUAGUGAACGUAUGUCCUGCUUCUUUAAUAAGGCUUUGGUGCAUGUUGGAGCUGAUUUGGGCAAAUUAGUCCCCGGACGGGUGUCAACUGAAGUGGAUGCUCGUUUGGCUUAUGAUACACAAGGAAUCAUUCGAAGAGUGCAUGAGCUGUUGAAGCUGUACAAUGAAGUGGAAGUCUCUUCACAGCGUUUACUCUUUAAAAUUCCUUCAACUUGGCAAGGGAUAGAAGCCUCAAGAUUGCUAGAAUCUGAAGGAAUACAAACUCACUUAACAUUUGUUUAUAGCUUUUCUCAGGCAGCAGCUGCAGCUCAGGCUGGUGCAUCUGUUAUCCAGAUUUUUGUUGGUCGCAUCAGGGAUUGGGCUCGGAAUCAUUCUGGUGAUCCUGAGAUAGAAGCUGCUUGCAAAAAUGGGGAAGAUCCUGGAUUGGCCUUGGUGAAGAAAACAUAUAAUUACAUUCACAAAUAUGGACAUAAGUCAAAGCUGAUAGCAGCAGCAGUGCGCAACAAACAGGACAUCUUUAGCCUUCUUGGGAUUGAUUACAUAAUUGCUCCCUUGAAGAUAUUACAGUCUCUGAAAGAGUCUGUAACCUAUCCUGAGGAGAAGUAUUCUUACAUCAGGAGGUUAUCUCCAGGCUCUGCCAAGAUGUAUGAUUUCACUGAAGAGGAGCUUAUAAAGUGGGACCAGAUGAGCUUUGCAUGUGCAAUGGGGCCAGCUGCUGAAGAGCUUCUGUCUGCUGGGCUGGAAGGUUAUGUGAAUCAAACGAGGCGCCUGGAGGAGCUUUUUGCCAAGAUAUGGCCACCUCCCAAUGUUUAAACAUAGUUCCCAUGUCGGCGGAGGUGCUUUUUUUAUUGGGUAAAUAAACAAGACAAGCUUGUGAAGCAGUACUUUCUGUUUUCCCCUCAUGUCCAUACUGUUUCUGCGUCAUGUUUCAAAACAAGAGGCUUUUGCAAGUGCUUUGUUAAGGGUAAUUACAACAUUCAUGACUGAAAAUUGUGCCUAUUGGAUUAUAAAGCAAGUACUUGUGGUAUCAGAUGUUAGAAUAAUUUCAAAAUAUAGGCUUUCACUGAU